AUGGGACAAACAGUAUCUGUGCCGGUAGACAGAAGGAGGAAGCUAGAGAUAAUUGAUGCUGGAUUCUCAAGAACCGGGACAUUGUCCUACGCCUAUGCUCUAGAGAAGCUUCUUGACGGACCGGUACAUCAUACAGCUACCCAGCUUUUCAAUCGAGAAGAUUCGUACUGCAAGAAAUGGAAUCUGGUAUAUCGAUAUCGGCGCGAAGGCAAUCGCACACAGUUACUCAAAGCGCUAGAAGACGUUUUUUCAGGUUUUGUCGGCGCAACUGAUGUUACCGCAAUUGAUUUCAUUCCAGAACUAAUGGAAUUAUACCCGGAUGCGAAAUUCGUACUUGUCACGCGCCCUCCAGCGGCCUGGUGGAAGAGCUUUGAGAUAGUGGCCGAUAACGCAGGAAGCAGAGUGAUGGGAAACAUCACCAUGCCACUACCCGGUGUCCGAUGGUUUGUUGACACAGCGCGAGGAUUCUUCGAAGCAGCUGAAGAUCGAACCGGUCAUAAAUGCAACCCACUCUGGAUUGAGCAACAUAACGAUUACGUGCGUAACAUAGUUCCAAAGGACCGCCUGCUCGAGGUGGAGCUUGGAUCAGGAUGGGAGCCACUCUGCAAAUUCCUGGAUAAACCCAUUCCGAAAGAGCCGUUUCCCCACGUCAAUGAGGCUGCAGCACGAGAUAAGUUUGCACUAAAAAUCCUCCAGAAAGCCGCAAUGGCUUGGGCCGGAAUAUUCACGAGCAUCGGGCUCAUUUCCUAUCUAUCCUGGCAACUUUGGGGUUGA